AUGGAGCAUGAAUUAUUCACGCGCGCAUUGUCUCGGCGGCCCUCACCUGUUGGUGCGUAUGCCAGGAAGAACAGCGGAGCUCUCCAAAUCCUGCAGACAGCUCAUUGGCCUGUCCGGUCCUCGCUAGAGUUUUCCAUCAGAGCAGUGCUGACAUACAUAAGUGGCGUGGACGGAGACUCACCUGCGCUCUUUUUAUGCAUCACACAGUCUUGUGAGUGCAAUACAGACAUCAAGUUCAUCAACUGCUCCAGUAGGGGCUUCACAACUGUGGUGGACAAUGUCCCCCCUGGCACAGAGCAUGUGGACCUGUCCAGGAACAGCCUGACAGCCCUGGGUGUGGGGGACUUCAGAUUGCUGUGGAACCUGCGGGUGCUGCUACUGAAUGACAAUAACAUCACCACUGUGGCUGAUGGGGCCUUCUCCCCCCUGGAGAGCCUCCAAAGGCUGGACCUGAGCCGCAACCGGCUCUCCUCCCUGAGAGAGGGGUUCUCUCUGGGCCUGACCUCCCUGAAGGAGUUGCAGCUGGCAGAGAAUCAGCUGACAAGCCUGGACAGCGGAAGCUUCCAGCACCUGGACAGCCUGCAGAGGCUCAACCUGAGCGGCAACGCCAUCAGCUCCAUCCAGGUGCGGGCCUUUGGCUGCAUGACCGCACUGCGCCAGCUCUACCUGGAGAACAACCGGCUCCGCUCCCUAAGCAACGGAGUCUUCUCCGUUCUCAGGUCCCUGGAGGUCCUCAACCUGCAGGGGAACAGCAUCAGCAGCACCGAGGCGCAGGUCUUUACGCCCCUCACCAGCCUGGCCCUGCUCAACCUGGCCCACAACCACCUCAGCACCAUCCGCUUCAAGACCUUCCUGAGCCUCCGCGCCCACAGCACCCACAUCCAGCUGGCGGCCAACCCCUGGCACUGCGACUGCGACCUGCAGAGGGUGUUCCGGAAGCUGCAAAGCAUCCAGAGGCUCUUCCUGGACGACUACUUCAGCCUGAGCUGCCAGGAGCCGCCCGAGCUGCAGGGGUACCGGCUGACGGACGUGAACGCGCAGCUGUGCAUCGCGGAGACGGUUACCGUGCUCAUCAUCACCGUCACCCUGGUGAUCACUGUAGUGGCGGCGAUCGUUAUGGCUGAGAAGAACAAAAAAAAGGACACAGGAAAGACAUGGGCAAAGGAGGAAGGCGCAUUAGAAGCAUACUCUGAGGACUAGAACCUUCCAU